CAGAACACAUCCUGACACAUGUAUAUAGUAACAUAUAUUGUUUUUAAUAAUAUAUUUUACAUAGAAAACUUCUCAAAAUGACGGAAAUGACGGCUGAAGCCAAAGAAAUAAGAAAAAGAAGUAGAAGGGUGGCCGCAUUCUUUCGAAAGGAAACCGCCGGACCCUAUUGCAAGAUAGAGACUGCGACGGAUAUGGAAUACUGGCAGCAGUCGAAAGCUUACGUCAUCCUGAUCUCAUAUUUGUUCGAUGUCAGUUCCCUCAUCCAGGGAGUACGCACCACGGAUCCCUUUCCUGUGAGCCGGAGCAUAAAACGACUGCUGACUAUAUUCGAUGCGCUAGAAGCACUGAUUGUGGCUAAUCCUCCAGUGGCCUCCAGCGCUAUCGAUCCGAAGAGCAGUCUUACGGAUUCGGGUAAUAGAUCGUUUCGGAAGUGGGCCCGCUGCAUGCUGAGGGACAUUUACUAUAUGGUGGAGAAGGCGGUGCCGAAGAAGAAGUGCCAGCACGUAAACGAGCUGGGCUUUUACUUGUCGGCGUCCUUUGGCAACUCAACGAAAAUCGAGUACGGCCCCUCCCACGAGCUGAACUUCCUCUUCUUCGUGUGCUCCCUCUUCCAGGCGCACAUCCUUAGCAAACAGGAGGACCUAGCUGCAUCGGGCCUGGUCUUAUUCGAUCGGUAUUUAAAGCUAGUGCGCCGGCUACAGGUCACCUACUCGAUGGCGCCUCCGCCGAACCACGGGCCCUACUCCCUGGACAAGUUCCAGUUCCUACCCUUCGUUUGGGGCGCGGCCCAGCUGUGCUACGAUGCUCCAUUCUCACCGAGGAAGAUGCUCGACGAGGACAUCGUGGCGCUGCACAAAGGAUCGUACCUAUUGAUCGAUUGCGUGGCCCACAUAAUGAUGACCAAUAUUGGCUCCUUCGCCUGCCACUCCAGUCAGCUGUGGUGCUUGGCCUCGUUGUCCCAGUGGACGGACAUCUACAGGGGUCUUGUCUUCCGGUACACGGAGGACAUCGUUGUGGACUUUGAAUUGAUUCAGCCGAUGCGAUUCGGAACCCUGAUGCCCUUCGACAUGGAAAAGUCCAAGGAACCAGUGGCUGCAGUCCGUCUCGGUGUGCUCUCCCCAGUACGCGUCCAGAUCGAUGAGGCUUUAGAUCAUAGCUCCACUAGCACGAAACCGGAAACGGAGGAAGCAGCCGAUAAAUCCCACGACAAAAAAUACGACAGCCUGUCCAACAGUGGAAUGUCUUUAGGAAGCCACAGCACCUCCUUGAGCGAUGUGAGUGUUCAUCUGCCCAAUUGGUUGGAAGCCGAAGAAGGUUCUUCUCAUUAACUGCUAACGAAGAACUAGAAUAGCCGAGCAUUCAAGACAAACUUUGCUAAUUAAAAAUUAAUUAAUUUUCGCUGCGUGUAAUGGGAAAAUUUAUGUGUGUCAGCAGCAUGAUAAUCCGUAUUUCGUAUCCGGGAGCAAACAUCUGAAACGUGGCAACGUGUCAAGGCGGCAAGGAUGUCAAGAGACCGGCCUGACAUGAGUCCAAAGAUCACCAGACCACAAAACCGAGCUCCUUCAAAUGCAAAACGCCAGCCAACUGGAAUGGAGAGGGUGGCGCUGUGUGGAUGGCCUGGGUUUUUGGGGGAAAAGUGCCUCAGCAUGAGAGCAGGAUAUAUUACGUAUACGUAGCGUUAGCCGAGGCAAUACUCCAGAGUGCGAAAAGCAUUUAUGCCACUGCCGUGGGGAGAGUGGAUGUGAAAAAGUGUGGAAUGAUGGGGGGGUGAGCCAUGGAGACUCGAGUCGACUGAAGUGACUCGACCAAAAGCGGAUUACCAACGCGACUUGAGUGACUUCCCAAGCAGGCAGGCAGGCGGCGGUGGCGGGAAAACACCAAGAGUGCCAACAAUUCAAACAGCAACAAUCGCUGCCGAGGCGAAAUGAGAAAAUGGAAAUGAAACAAGCGGCGUAUUGAUUUUUCUGGCUCUGGCUUCUGGCUCUGCCCCCAUCAUUUGAUUCAACUCCCUGCUGUUGUGACGUCAAUUGAAAGGCACGCGCCAAUAUCGCGAAGGGCCAGCCAGGGGAGAAAUCCACACAAGGAUGGGCGGCAUGGAG